AGGAGCGUCGAGGAGAGUAGUGCCGAAGUGUGUGGGAGGAUAUCGCCGAAGAGUCAGCUGUGCGUGCGCGCGAGUAGGGCUGUCGCCAAAUCCACACACAUUUGAAUCGCAAUCAUGUUCGGGCAGCUACCGAAGGCCCUUUUUGGGUCAAAAGGAACAAAGGCAGCGGUGCAGCUUCUCAAUGGCACGAAGCGUAUCGUCGCCGUUGAUUCAUCAAACGAUGAGCAGAAACGUACUUUCCAUCAGAUCACCGGCGAUAUUAUUUGCCCAGGUCAGGUUCAGGGUAUAGAUUACCUGCGCGAUCCCAGACUCAACAAGGGUUUAGCUUUCACACUUGAAGAACGUCAGGCUUUGGGUAUUCAUGGACUGCAACCCGCACGUUUCAAGUCUCAGGAAGAGCAACUUGAGCUGUGCAGACUUUCAGUCAUGCGGUACCAAGAGGAUCUCAAUAAAUACCUUUACAUGACUGAGCUGCACGAUCGUAACGAGAAGUUGUUCUUCAGACUGCUCUCCGAAAACGUUGAAAUGUUAAUGCCAAUUGUUUAUACGCCCACUGUUGGUUUAGCUUGCCAAAAGUUUGGUCUGAUCUAUCGUAGACCAAGAGGAUUGUAUGUUACCAUCAAUGACCGCGGACAUGUUUUUGAUGUCUUAAAGAAUUGGCCUGAACACGAUGUGAAAGCCAUUGUUGUAACCGACGGUGAACGUAUCCUGGGUCUUGGUGAUUUGGGAGCGUACGGUAUGGGUAUCCCUGUGGGUAAACUUGCCCUGUAUACUGCCCUGGCCGGAAUCAAACCUCAUCAUUGUCUGCCAAUCACAUUGGAUGUUGGUACAAACAACGAGAGUUUACUUGAAGACCCACUUUACGUCGGUCUGAGACAAAAGAGAGUUGUCGGUUCACAAUAUGAUGAGUUCAUCGAUGAGUUCAUGAACGCCGUGGUGAAACGCUAUGGUCAAGAUACACUCAUUCAGUUCGAGGACUUUGGCAAUCACAACGCUUUCCGUUUCCUGGACAAAUACAAGACGCGUUUCUGCACGUUUAACGAUGAUAUUCAGGGCACUGCCAGUGUGGUGGUAGCAGGCUUGUUGGCGUCUAAGAGGAUCGUCAACAAGAAACUUGCUGAUCACAAGUUCUUGUUCCUUGGCGCAGGUGAAGCCGCCAUUGGUAUUGCUAGUCUUACAGUGAAAGCUAUGCAGAAGGAAGGUUUGUCUGUGCAGGAGGCACGUGAACGCAUCUGGAUGUUUGAUAUUGAUGGUUUGUUGGCCAAGGGACGCCCCGAGGGUAAUCUUGGUGGACACAAAGCUCCAUUUGUGAAAGAUCAUGAGGCUAGCAAGGAUCUGAGAGCCGUUGUUGAAGAACUCAAACCAACUGCUUUAAUUGGUGCUUCUGCGGCUGGUGGCGCGUUUACCCCUGAAAUUCUCAAGAUUAUGGCCGAUAAUAACGAAAGACCCAUUGUUUUCGCUUUGAGUAACCCAACUAGCAAAGCUGAGUGCACAGCCCAAGCUGCAUACGACAAUACUGACGGUCGUGUAGUUUUCGCUAGCGGCUCGCCCUUCGGUAAAGUUACCGUAAACGGCAAAGACUACUACCCGGGACAAGGAAAUAACGCCUACGUGUUCCCUGGAAUUGCGUUGGGUGUAAUCGCGACGCGUAUUCACCACAUCCGUGAUGAACUGUUCCUCGUCGCUUCGCAGACCAUUGCUGAUAAUGUCAGUGAGGAUGAUCUGAAAAAGGGUAGCUUGUAUCCUCCUCUCAGUUCUAUUCGAGAAUGCUCGGUGCAAAUUGCGUGCAGGAUUGCUCAAUACGCGUAUGAACAAGAUCAAUCCAGUCCAGGUAUUGCAACUGUGUAUCCGGAGCCAGAGGAUAAGCGCAAGUACAUCGAGGAUCAAUUGUACAACCACAAUUACGAAUCGUCGAUGCCGUGCACAUGGGAAUGGCCCGAGGCGCCCGAUGUAAAGACAAGACCUCUGGAGGUGCAGGAGAUGGUCAAGCACAAGAAUUAAGCGUGUAUUUCUCACAAUCAGCGCGCAUAAGUCAACUAAACUAUAUAUUUAAAAAAUCAUGGCAACUGAAGAAAACUUAGAGUGAUAUUAUUUAGACCAACUUCAAAUUUUAUUGGAUUCAUGUGAUCAUAACAAGAGCAGCUCCACUCUACUCAUAUUUUAAUUUAUUUUGUAAUAAAUUCCAAAUGUUAAAUUGGGAUUUGGAUUUCAACAAGUGCAUGGAUGAGCGAUGCGAGGCAUGGCAACUAAGAGUUGUAAUCAUGUUACUGUACGAUUAAUUUCACAUUCAUUGUGUACUUAGAACCAUUCUAGUGUGAUUACUUUGAGCGAUCGCUUGCAUCGGGUUUUAUUUAUUUGAAUACAUUUCGAACGCAGCUAUUAAGUUAUUAUUUAAUUGUUUAGUUUGCUAAUUUUAGUCAAUUAAUUACAUCAUUUGUAUGUAAGACUAAUCUAAACCAUUGAAAAUCUAAAUUAUAUUGAUUAGCACUAAUGUUAAACGUUUAAAAAAUGAUGUUAUGUAAUUGAAAAA